AUCUGCGAAAUCCCUGAUAACGCGAUGCGCGCUCCCGAUCAGCUGUGAAUGAGCGAGUCCAGUCCAGUAGUGUAGCCGGAGACGGUCCACUCAUCACCGGGCAGCUCUCAGACGCACCAGGUACCUGCUCCUCCAGACUGCACACCUUCAUCCAGGAAUGAGAGAGGAUGUCCGGCUCUACAGCAGAGGAGAAAACCUUCCGCCGGUUCCUGGAGCUCUUCCUGCGGGAGAUGAGGAUGCCUCUGCAGGAGAGCGACCCGCCGCCCAUGAGACCCUUAUCGGACCUGCUGACUGAUGACGAGGUGGAGGGGGAAUGCCUCGACCUGUGUCUGCAGCACCUCUACAAAUAUAACUGCCCGUGCUCCCUGGCGGCGGCCCUGGCCCGAGCCACAGCAGACAGCCUCCUGCAGACCGACCUCACCAUCCACCACCUCAACAAGCCCGUAGAAGAUGGAGCUGACCCAUUACCACAGAUGGAGUCUGUGAAGCUGGCCUGGCUGGUGUUUAACAAGCUGUUUGAGAUGUGCUGCCUCUGGCUGAAGGAGCUGCCUUACCGCCGCCGUCCACAGCCGUACUACGAAACCUCCAUCCACGCCAUCAAGAACAUGAGGCGCAAGAUGGAGGACAAGCACGUCAUCAUCCCCGACUACAACUCGCUCUUCAACGUUCAGGAUCAGGAGGAACAGGCUUACUUUGCGGUGUUUGACGGUCACGGCGGUGUGGACGCUGCCAUUUACGCUGCCAACCACCUCCACGUUAACUUGGUCCAGCAGGAGUGCUUCAACACGGACCCGAUCGAGGCGCUCUGCAGAGCCUUCAGGGUCACCGAUCAGCGCUUCGUGAAGAAGGCCUCACGAGAGCACCUGCGUUGCGGCACGACGGGCGUGGUGACGUUCCUGCGGGGCCGGACGUUGUACGUGGCCUGGCUGGGAGACUCCCAGGUCAUUCUGGUCAGGAAAGGACAGGUGGUGGAGCUGAUGAAGCCACACAAACCAGACAGAGAGGAUGAGAAGCUGAGGAUCGAGGCUCUGGGAGGCUGUGUGAUCUGGUUCGGCACAUGGAGGGUUAAUGGCAGUCUGUCUGUAUCCAGAGCAAUAGGCGACAACGAGCACAAGCCCUACAUCUGUGGCGAUGCGGACCACGAUAUCUUCCCACUGGACGGUACAGAAGACUACCUGAUUCUGGCCUGCGAUGGCUUCUGGGACACGGUGACUUCAGACGAGGCGGUGCGGGUGGUCAGCGACCACCUGGAGGAGAACGCCGGAGACACCACCAUGGUCGCCCACAAGCUGGUGGCCUCGGCCCGUGACGCGGGCUCUAGUGAUAACAUCACCGUCAUAGUGGUCUUCUUGCGGGACCCGCGCUCCCCGGCGCCCACCGGCGCAGAGGACGAGGAGGAGGGUGUGGUGGAGGGAGAGGCGGGGGAGGAGGAGGUAGCGGAGGAGGUGGAGGAAGAGGAGCAGGAAGAGGAAGAAGAGGAGCAGGAUGCAGUCAAGGUAGAGCGCGAGGGUGGUGAGGGAGGCAGCACUGCGGACAUCGGGGGGAAGGGGCGCGGCGGCUGGCCCAUGCAGCAGUGCUCGGCGCCCGCUGACCUCACCUACGAAGACCGAACAGACUCGUUCACGGACAGAACUAGCCUCAGCCUUCUGGGGCCGUCUCUGGAGGGCCGCAUCUCCCUGACCGGUUUCUCACGGCAACCCUUCAGCCCCGACAUCUUCACGGCCUCCCACAUCUACCGAGAAGAACGCCCGCUGAGGCGUCGGUCCUGUAUCCCGUUUCAGGAGUCCAGCUUCUCUAGCUUCACGGACCCACUGUGGCCCCAGACAGCCCUGCUGUUAGGCCAGGCAGUGAGGCGAAGCCGCCAGCUCGGUCACGGUAGCCGCCGGUGGAGCCGGAGGAGGCCAGGCGCCUCCAUGGAGCUGCUAGGCCUGUUACCAUCCGGCAACUUGCUGCCGCACAUGGAGCGCCACUCCAACCAGAGGCCAGGAGCGGCAGUGCCUCACCUGCCCCACCACGCCACCAUCUGAAGAGGUGACCCAAACCAAAACAUCUCCCUCAUCUAUUCAGCCCCGCCCCUCAGUCCCACCCGCCCACCUCUGCCUUCAACAACACGUCUUUAUUUGAUAGUAGGUAGUCGUGGCUCCUGCAGAUGUUACGUGAUUAUUGAAUCUCUGUUGGAGGAGUGGUGCUCUCUGUCCUAAACCCAAACGGCCCACUAAACACAAGCCCUCCGCUCCUUAAUGCUGUAGGUAAAGCGCUAAACUGCAUCCUCUCCUUCUGUCACCACAGAUCAGUCAACACAAAGCCAGAGCUGGAAACGCAGGUUAAUAAGACGAGUUCAGACUGAACGUGAGAGGAAUGUUGCUGCGUAGAAAGUCUGGGAAAGGACCGUAAAGAACAGGAACAGACACAGUUAACUGUUGGCAGCGCAAAUAACAGAAAGAACUGGAGUUUCAGCUAAAUCUAUAAAUAAAUCUGCGUGUUGACAGCUAGCUGGAGUUUAAGUCUGUAUUCGAAUACGACAGCUUUUCAGUGCCAAGAGAAGCAAAAGUUCACUUGCAUUCAGUCUGAACAGUUAAGUUUAAAUUAUAUGCUUGGUCGCUCAACACUCUGCAGUGUCUUUAGACGGGUACAUGCAGAAAGAGAUAUUUGAUCUCUUGCAAAAGCAAUAAGAAUAUACACCACUUGACACUGUGGUGACACUGGAACAUAAUACCUCCUGUAUGUGAUAGCUGAAUAUUACAAACCCAUGAGCGUUAAUGUGCUUUUAUAACAGCCUCCACACUUCUUUGAAGGCUUUCCUUAUAAGAUUUUGGAACUUGGCUGCCGGGAUCUGCUCCCUUUCAGCUUUAGCAAGGGCGGAAACUGAUGUUGGGUGAAACUAGAGCUGAUCGAAACUGGAUUGUGACGUUAUUACAUUCAAACUUUAUAAUAAGGAUCCCUUAAAGGUAUAAUAUGUAACCGUUGUUGGUUGUCGGUUUAUAAACACACAGCAUUCAAAGUUGGCCACAAGCAAGAUGUAGAGUGACUGAAGAUAGAGAGCGGCGUUAGUGAGCGCAAAGCAGCGAAUCAGAGAAAUAAAACGUUAUUUUCUGAUUGUUUCAUGGCGGUUAUGUUCUAAAACACGAAUAAACACACAACUAACUCCGCAUAAUCCUGCGCGCUGUUAUUGACUGGGGGUUACACCCCCACGUUGGGCCGAAAGGCUGUUUACAGACGCUCAGAAGAGUCCCGAGUAAAGCAAAAAUAAUAAGAAAAGAGAAAAUACAAGCUGUUUUUUUCCGUUAUUUCUUGCAUAUUAUACCUUUAAAUUAAAAAAUGAAACAUUUUACAGUGUAAAACUAAACUUGUUUCUAAUGAACUCAAACAUAUUUUUGGCAUUCUGUACCGUAAUUUCUUGUUUUAUAUAUAAUAACAACUGAAAAUAUUGGCAGUGCAGACGGAUCGGUCGUUCUCUAGUUGGAAAGAAUCCCCAAACUGUUCCAGUAAAUGUGAAUGGAAAACUCAUUGUACUGUUUAUGUACCAUAGCAUUAAGAUUUCCCUUCGUUGGAGCUAAAGGGUCUUAACUUUACCUUAAAAAAACAGCCCCUAAACUAAAAGUACACAAUAUACUUUUGUUAAUCAUUUGUCGAGCGACCAAACAUUAAAUUAACGGCGUAGCUUUGCCUCUUUGUCAACCUCAGCAUCCCUCGGUGGCAGGCCGGUACAAUUGUUGCUCGUGGUUUCUGGGACACAUGCUGUUCUUUCCCUGUUCCCCAUAUAUACAGUCAAUGACCCAGCCGUUAUCCAGACACAACUAGUCUACAGAUAAAAGCACUUAAAAACAGCAGAUUAUAAAAGAUUAGCAGUCACUUACCUGAAUAAAUGCUUCAUGUAGUCCAGUAUUCCAGAUGGGGGGAUACACUCCUGUUAUUGUUUUUGUUGUUUUUUUGGAGAGUGGAGGGGUAUUUAAAACUAUAUUUUUGUUAUAGUAGUUGUUGGGCCACAUAGUUCUUGCAAAGUGUAUUUACUUUUUACACAUAACCCAUUGAACAGAAGUUUUUUCCAGCAGGCUUGAUAACCAUUUAAUGCCGGGCCAGGAUAGUUGAACGCUGCAGAACAUGUGCCUUCCUUAUGUGUUACUAAAGCCUAUUUCCUUUACACACAUAUUCACUAAUUAUUAAAUUAAUGUGUUAAUAUUAACCAUUAAGGACCAGUCUGGCGAUCAGUCGGGUCAUGUUAUGACUCCGUGCCACUUUAAAGAUUAAGAAAUAUUCACUUUCUUACCAAGACUGUAUCAAACUUACCAUGAAGAAAGUGAAUAAUAAGCGUAUUUCCCAACAUGUCCUUUAAGUUUCAUAGCCAAUACAAAUAAAAUCUGCACGAAAUAGAGCAGAGUUUUCUAUCUGUAAAUAAAGUUGUGGUGUUAACGGCAGCAAACAUCCCAGUCACCAGCGUCAGAGUAAUCCUCCCGUGGCGCCACAGCAGCUUUAUAAUUGGAUCUUUGUCUGAUCUGAUCUAGAUUCAACGAUGAACACGCUGGUCUAACACGCUGCUGACAUAACUUCAGUUACGCUAGCAACGUUCAAACUCAACUCUUUAUGCCACCUUUCAUAAGACUGCACGCAAUAACACCUGGCUUUGGCAUAAAAAGCCAGUUUUCCCCAUCGACAUUCAUUGGUUUCUUAUAUACACAACACCAAAUAUGGUAGAGUUCCUCUUUAAUGCUAAUUCAUAAUCAUAAUUAACAAAUGUAAUCAUCAAAUUAUAAUUAUUUAUAUGAUAAUAAUAAUAGCACCCAUACCCAGUUAAGUUGGUGAGACUGAUCUGUGCUUUAAAUACACAUAAUAGCAUUACUGUAUCUAACCGUACUUAAUGACUAUAAACUAGCUAUACACACUUGCUACUACUAAACUAUGAAAUAAUAGGUAAACCCCACUAAAAAAGGCUUUGCAGAGCAAGUGACUGUUCUCUAAGCCCCGCCCCCGCCUUAGUUACUGUUGCUACGGCUGUCUGGCUUUCCGAUCUCGCAGAUUUUAGCUACCACUCAAAAUUCGUAGUCAUUUUUUGAAACAAUGGGUCCUCGAUUUCACUUUCAUUUCCGGCCGCCAAAACCGCAGACUUGUUGAUUUUGAAACAAACAGUUUGUGAUGCGUGGACGGGGGUAUGCGUUUUGUAAUAGCAUAAAAACGCAUAGAGGGCAAUAUUAUCGGGUAUCAGGGUCUGGGGUUUACUAAACGGUCAUUUCGGACGCAUUAUUUAUUCCUUAACAUUCCCUCACAUCGUCAUUCCCCAGUUCUUUGGUUGAUGCAGUAUAUUUCCAAACGUCAGGACGUUAGCAUUGUAAAUUGUGCCUCCACUUUCCUGGCCCCAUCACACACAGAAGGCGUGAUAUCAAAAACGUGAUUCCCCAGACAAACAGGUUCUGGUUUGAAGGCCAUCACCUCCCUCUUUCAGUCUUACUGCUAGAUUGGGAGGCUCAUUCUCCUGUAAACCAUCCUGUGGACUGACUAGUGAAGAGCAUCAGCGGAGCAGAAUGUACCUCAGGUGUCCCCGAAUGUCCUCAGAGACUCGGUGAAGUGUGUCGACAUGAGGUGGUGUUUCUUAUGGGGGGAGAAUUCAUCUUUCCAAAAGGCAUCUUAGCUACGAGGAAUGUACUGCAGAGACACUCAACAAACUAAAGCCACUGGAUCUCUUUUGUGGAAGCAUCACUGCAGUCUCAAGAAACGUUGGUUGAUACCCGAAGACAGCGGAAAUCAUUUCAAAUAUUCACUUAGGAUUCACUUAGGCACGGAUGUAUAUUAUGAGUACUAAUUGUGAUUUGAGCGAGUGCUGGAGGAGUGUACAUAUAAUAAUUAUGUCUUGUAAAUCAGUGGUUUUAAUCCAUGCUCAACGAGGCCCGCCACCGGGCCGAGGUGGAGGUGAGGAUGUGAUGUUAUUGAAACGCCAGAGAGGGGCGUCAGUCUAUAAAACACUGCCACUGCUUUCAAGAGUUGCUAAGGUAUAUAAAAGGUGUUGAACCAGUUUGGCUUUCAUUGGAAGAGUUGUAGUGUACUAUCGCGGCCUAGCUGCCGUUUCACCCUGCUUUCCUACCCUGACAUGAAUAAUAAUCUGGGGAAAACAUACAUUAAAGAUGUUAACUAUCGGAUUAAAAUACUGUAUCUCCAAUCUGCAGCUUUGAUUUUAACAUUUUUAUCAGUACCAGCCUUAAAAAGAAAAAAAAAAACAUCUUGCCAAUGAAAUUGUAGUUUGUAGGUUUUCAUUUCAACACCACAGGUGUUAGAUGAUUAGCAUGGCGUCUAUUAGAGAUGUUGAACUCACAAGUGAACUGAGCUGCUGUGGUGUUAAGAGUUAAAGUUGAGUUUCACUUAGAGCCACUGUGUUGCAAGUAUUUUAGAUUAGAUAUUUUACACAGAACACACAGGGCAGUAAACUCCAAAGAAGCAGAGCUGCCACAGUGAAAGAAUUUGUCUCAGGACCUUGUUAUAAUGACAAAAUAUUUUGUCUUUGCCAUCAUAAGAUCUUACAAUGAGAUGAUGUCAUUAUGAGAUACAUUUCUCAUUUUGAGAUCUUUUAAAAGAUCACAGAAGUGUUUUUUUAUGAAUGGUGGCGGUUCAUUGAAGCGUGUUGUACAUGUGGUCACACUUCAGAGCAGCUGUGCAGUAGAUUUAUGUCCCUGUGAUUCACUGAUGUAGUUUCACAGCAGGCCUUCAGUGUUGAUGUGAAUAACUCUCUGCUCGCGCUCUGGAGGGAAAAGAUGUACCACAACAGUGACAAGGAUCCAUCGGUUGCAUUCACCAAAACCCUGUGAUCAGUUAUACAGUGUUACUCAUCGGAAGUUGUCACUGUAUGAGCAAUAAAAACCAUCCCUCCUUGUGGUGAACGAAUCCUCUACCUAAACCCACACUUCCUCCCUCACUCACACUCUGCUUGCACUGAAGUUUCCCUCCCCUGAUGAUGAUAAUGAUGAUGAUGAUGAUGAUGAUGAAGCAAGCUCUCCCAUAAUCACUGUCUUAACUAUAGAGGGCCCCUCCAUGAAUCUGCACCGUGUGUCUAUUUACACACACAAAAAAAGCUUUUUCUUUUUUCUCUGUAAGCAAUAAUGUCGUUGCAUUAAAAGGCUCUCUGAGGGCUUGUCUUCUGCUGAAGGAUGCAACAAAAAUGCGGUUCUGUCAGCCAGAACUUGAAAGGUCACACAGCAGAAAUGCUGCAGCUCCUGAAGUCAAUUUCUCAUUCAUUUUCUCCCCCGUAGAGAAUAGGAUUAUGAGUCAUAAUCUGCUGCCUGUACUGAGGUCCACCUAACACACUCCUGUAAGAAGUCUGCUGCCGACUAGAGUUCAAAAUGCUCAAAUUUAAAAUGAUCUUGUGGAAAAAUGAAUGUGAAGCUUUCUUCUUCACGUGAUAAAGGAGGCAGGACGUUUCGGCGUUCCUCAGUAGUUUGUGUACAUUUGAAAAGAUUGCCUUCAAAUGUACGCUAAUGUGGCUAAUGAACGGGAGGAUAAGUAAGAUCACUGAGGGCUGUGAUUGGUCCCUUCUUGUCCUCCGAGCUUGAAGACAAACCCCACGAUUGGCUCUUCUUCAACAUGCAGGUUAGGUUAAAAAAACAAAGAAAAAAAACAGUAAAACACACGUUGAGUACCUGUAUUAUGUGUUCCUGUAGUAUAUCAAUAUGUGUACUGUAACUGGUGACUAAUUAUCAUGUAUAUAAAGAUUAGAACAAGU